AUGCGUGCUAAUGCGUCACGAUGGGUCUACGAGGCCACCCGUUUCGACGAAGGGUAUGUCGUGAUCGUCGACCGCAAGUCCUCAGCCAGCGCCAAGAAUCAGGCGAAAAAGGUGCUCGAGGUCGUGAAUAAGGAGCUGUCAUCGCCCGACAUCGACGACGAAGUGCUCUGGUCGCAGGCAGAACCGCCGAAACAUAUCAAGGACGAGGAAGAUAAAGUGGACCGGUAUCGCGUGUUCCUCCACAUGAAGGAUAGCCGGUGCGUGGGGCUCGCUCUCACAGAGCGCAUCUGGGAGGCGCGACCGGUCGUACAGGGCGAAACCAACGGCGCCCCCAGGGAUUCGGCAGUAUCGGUGCGUGACGAGGUACAUCCGGCGAUUGUGGGCGUCUCGCGCAUCUGGACCUCAGGCGCGUCGCGCAGGAAAGGCAUCGCACUGGACCUGCUGGACUGUGUGGUCAGCAAUUAUAUUUAUGGAAUGGAAAUCUCUAAGGAUGAGAUUGCCUUCAGCCAGCCAACCGAGAGUGGAAAGCGGUUGGCUCAUAAGUUUUUCGAGGAGGAAGAGACAUGGCAUGUGUAUAACGAGAGGUGA